AUGGUUACAUUCAAUUGUGAAGUAUGCAAUGCUACAGUUCCUAAGAAGAAUACUGAAAAGCAUUAUUAUAGAUGUCCAAAUGCAUACUAUACAUGUAUUGAUUGUUCCAAGACAUUUGAUGAUGGGUAUAGUUAUCAAAAGCAUACAGAAUGCAUAACUGAAGAUGAAAAAUACCAAAAAGGUUUAUAUAAGGGCAAUGGUAAAGUUAAGAAAGCCAAGGGUAAAGUGACGAAGCCAGAAGCAAAGCCAGAAGCAACGCCAAAGGAAAAGCUAGAGGAAAACCCAAAGGAAAAGACAGUUGUAACUGCCAAAGAAACUCCAGUUUUGAAGAAAGGUGAGAAUCUUUAUAAAAUUCUUAAAAACAUUAAAGACAAGGACGCCAAGAAGAAACUAUUAAAAUCAUUAAUUGUUAAUUCUGAUGGUAAUUUGACAUUAGCAUCUAUAUAA